AUGAGUCCCUUCGAUUUCGACCAAGCCAAAUCCGCCCACUCCCAACUCUACUCCUCCUCCUCCUCUGACCCGGUGGACCCCGACAACGCCGACCCCAUCUCCGAGGACUUCGACCCCUCCAACAUCACCGCCACCCAACACCUUUUCAGACACCAUGACCGUGACCGUAACAUCAACAACAACAGCAACAAGCCCAAGUUGUCGCACGAGCUCCUCGGCGGCGCCGUCGCCUUCGAGGCCAUGCACAUGUGGGAGAAGGAGCAGCGGCGCGAGGGCAGACCGGUGCACCACGGCGUGGCCAAGGAGGCGCUUGCUGCCCUGGCGGCCGCGGAAGUCGACAAGAUGAUUGAAAGAAAGGGACUGGGUGGGUCUGUGGAUAGGGAGGAUGCGAAGAGAAGUGCGAGGGAGAAGGUGGGUGGACUGUAUGAUAGCCAGUAUGGCAGGGAUGAUAUGUAUGAUCCGUGA